AUGGCGUCCAAGGAUCCCGCCAAAGACCCUGCCAUUACAGAGACACCGGCUACAGAUCUUGAAUCAGAACAUUCUAAUCGAGAUCCCAAAGAGUGGCUUCAUAAGCAGGAUAGAGGAGAGCUCACGGAGCUUACACCAGUUGAAGCAUUCAAAUGGAAUGUGGAGGGAGACCAGUCGCCUUUCCCCGAGGUCGCAGCGUGUGUUUCUAACAAAGAUGACCCCACAAUUGCCUGUAGUACUUUCCGAGCAUGGACCUUGAUGACAGUCUUUGUCAUGCUUUUCUCUGGAGCCAACCAGUUCUUCGGGCUGCGAUAUCCUUCUCUAACAAUCGGCUACGUUGUUGCCCAAAUUCUGGUCUUCCCUAUUGGACGAGCAUGGGAAAAGCUUCCCAGGUGGAGAGUCCCCCUUGGACCGUUGGCAUUCGACGUCAACCCAGGACCAUUCACUAUCAAAGAGCAUGCUUUCAUUGUCAUUUGCGUCAAUAUCAGCGCCACUGUUGCUUAUGCAUCGGGUGCACUGGUAGCGAUCACCAGUCCGGUGUUUUGGGGUCGUGAUCUUGGAGCCGGGUUCUCUUUCUUGUACCUUCUUACAACCCAAAUGAUUGGAUUCGGUCUGACUGGGCUUUGCCGUCGGUGGAUUGUCUACCCUGCUGCUUUGGUGUGGCCUACUUCGCUUUCAUCUACAGUUCUCUUCCGAGCUCUGCACGAGCCUGAGAGCCGUACUCCCGCAAAUGGCUGGACCAUUAGUCGAUAUCGGUUCUUCAGCUAUGUGGGUAUUUUUGCCUUCGUGUUAUUCUGGUUCCCGGAUUACAUCUGGACCAGUUUGAGCACUUUUGCUUUUGUCACAUGGAUUGCGCCCAACAAUCAAAAAGUCAACACAAUCUUCGGGAUGAACUCCGGACUAGGCUUGAUCCCCAUCAGUAUUGACUGGACUCAAAUCAACUACGCGGGUUACCCUCUCAUGACUCCUUUCUACAUCACUUGCAACGCAUUCGCCGUGGUGGUGUUCUUCUACCUGUUUUUGUCCCCGAUUCUAUAUUACAGCAAUGUGUGGUACAGCGCAUAUCUUCCCUUGCUCUCGUCAGGCACCUUCGAUAACACAGGAAGUUCAUACAAUGUGUCUCGCGUGAUUGACACAGCGACAAAGGACUUCAGCCUGGCAAAGUAUCAAGAGUACUCGCCAAUGUACAUCUCGAUGUCCUAUUCUCUGACCUACGGACUUUCGUUUGCUGCAGUGACAGCAGUCGUCGUCCACACCUAUCUUUACAACGGAUCGGAAAUCUGGGCGAGAUUCAAGAACGUACAGCAUGGAGGUGAAGACGUUCACCGUCGACUCAUGCGAGCGUACGACGAGGUUCCGGACUGGUGGUACGGAGUUCUUACAGUGGUUGUCCUUGGACUUGGUAUCUUCACCACUAAAUACUGGGACACCGAGCUACCGGUUUGGGGCUUCAUUGUUGUUUGCUUCGGCUUGGCCGUACUUUUGAUUGUUCCGGAAGGCAUUCUUCAAGGAACUACUAACCAACGAGUGUUCCUCAAUAUCAUUACGGAGCUGAUUGCCGGAUACGCUUGGCCGGGAAAGCCUAUCGCUAACCUCAUGGUCAAGUGUUACGGCUAUAAUGCAGUCAAACACGGCAUGGACUUUGCUCAAGACCUGAAGCUUGGGCAGUAUAUGAAAAUUCCUCCCCGCGUCCUCUUUUUUGGUCAGAUCUACGCAAGUAUACUUGCCACAGCAACUCAGACAGGAGUCUUGCGGUGGAUGAUGGGCCAUAUCGAAGGACUUUGUGAGCCAACAAACAAACAACGCUUCACAUGCAACGGUUCCAAAGUGAUGUACAAUGCAUCCUUGAUUUGGGGCACAAUUGGCCCCCAGCGCAUGUUUCAAUCUGGACAGGUAUACAAUGGCCUUGUCUACUUUUUCAUCAUUGGGCCUGUUGUGACGGUGAUCGUCUACUUCAUUUACCGGCGCUACCCCAACAGUUGGGUUCGCUAUAUCAACGUUCCAAUCUUCUUCAAUGCCGCUGGAAAUAUUCCUCCGGCCAAUACCACCCAAUACUCCCUGUGGUUCAUCUUCGGCUUCUUGUUCAAUUAUCUCAUCCGCAGACGGGCAUUUGACUGGUGGAAGCGCUACAAUUAUCUUCUCCAGGCCGCAAUGGACACAGGCACAGCUAUCGCGACAAUCAUCAUUUUCUUCGCGCUUGGCUACCACGCUGUCUCCUUCAACUGGUGGGGAAAUACAGUUGGAUCCAAUACCAUGGAUUCGAAGUCAACCCCGUGGUUGACUGUUGCUAAAGGCGACCACUUUGGGAAAGGACCCGGAGAAUUCUGA